AUGACUUGGUAUAUCGAAGAACAAGAAAAAGUCUACUUGGAUUAUAAUGCAACUACACCGAUUGACAAAGAUGUUAAGCAGUCUAUAGUGGAUGCAUUCAAUAUUUGGGGUAAUCCAAGUAGCAAUAAUGAGCUCGGGAAAAAAGCGAAGGAUGGGAUUGAGGAGGCACGCGAAAAUGUAGCCAGACUGUUACAUGUUUCUGCCAAAGAAAUAUUUUUUACAUCAGGUGGAACCGAGACCAAUAAUUGGGUGAUAUACAAUUGCAUCGAACAUCGGAAAGCAGUCUGGGGACGGGAUUAUAAACCACAUAUUAUUGCCUCUGCCAUUGAGCAUCCAUCGAUUCUAGAACCGUUGCGUGAUUUGAAAAAGAAACAAGAAAUCGAUCUGACUGAAAUCAGCAUUGACUUGGAAACCGGUCGAGUAAAAUUAAAUGAUCUUGAAGAAGCAUUCUGCGAGCGAACUUGCUUAGUGUCGGUGAUGACGGCAAACAAUGAAACGGGCGUUAUACAACCUGUUGCUGAAGUUGCUGAAAUUGCUAGAAAAUGUGAGAACAAAUUUGAAAGUCGGAUAUUUGUGCACAGUGAUGUUUCCCAGGCUAUCGGUAAAAUUGAUGUUAAUGUAAAUGCUUUGAAUGUUGAUUUUGUGACCGUUACGGGACAUAAAUUUUAUGGUCCACGAAUUGGAGCGCUUGUAUUAAGAGAUGAAAGCAAAGUGCCUCUAAGGGCGUUGUUUCUUGGCGGUAAUCAAGAACGAAGCAAGCGGGCGGGCACAGAAAAUACUCCACUGAUCGUCGGUUUGGGGAAAGCAGCACAAGUGGCACUAAGUGGUCUUCAAAGCUAUUCAAAGCAUAUGCAAAAAAUAAGAGACUAUUUCGAAAAACAGCUCAAAGAAAAACUCAAUGAUGAGAUUAUGAUCAAUUUCGAAGCAUCGGAACGUUUGCCCAAUACUAGCAGUGUAAUAUUUGUGAAAUACGGAGGAAAUGCUUCCGAACUACUCUCUAAAUGUAAAUCAUUUAUUGCUAGCACUGGAGCCGCGUGUCAUGCAGCUACUGAACAGUGUUCCGGAGUACUGACGGCAUGUGGUAUUCGUGAUGAGUUAGCACGUCGAACGGUACGGUUUAGUUUCGGUAGAGAUUCAACAUCUGAUGAAGUAGAUCGAGUAGUGAAUGAACUAAAGGCGAUUAUGUUUAUGAGUAAAUAUGGCAGUUCGCUGUUAAAUGCCAUCAACAAAGGACCCAUCUCAGGUUUCUGA